UUGAUAUUGGAACGGUUAACGAUCAUCGAUUUGAAGGGUUCAUGUGGGAAGCUCGGAGUAAUCGGCGGCUCAAUCGAAUACACCGGUGCACCAUUUUUUGCUGCAAUUUCUGCACUGAAAUUAGGUGCUGAUAUAGUACACGUUAUGUGUGCUCCCGAGGCCGUUUCUUCUAUAAAGAGCUAUUCUCCUGAAUUGAUUGUUUGUCCUGGUCUCGAUCCUGACAGACUACUUGAACGAAUGGACGCUGUUGUACUAGGGCCAGGUCUAGGUCGAAGUUCGCAAGUGUUUCCUCUGUUUAAUGCCGUGCUCGAUUUUGUAAAGAGAACCAAUGUGCCGUUCAUAGUUGACGCAGAUGGUUUAUGGUUUCUUUGCGAAUCGUUGCGCGAAGGCAACGUACCUUCGUUGCAAUCAGCGAUGCUUACACCGAACAUUGUUGAAUUUUCUAGGCUUUGCGAAUAUGCCCUCGGCAUUCGCGACGUUCUAACUAUUAAGGAUCAAAAUGAACUUCGAAGCUUGGCAACUCGACUUAGCUGUCAUUUGGGUACUUCGUUGUUUUUGAAAGGACGAGUUGACAUCAUCACAAACCCCGAUGGAAAUGUGGUGAUCGGAGAUGAGGAUGGGUGCCCAAGGAGGUGUGGGGGUCAAGGUGAUGUCACCAGUGGAACAUUGGCUAUGUUCUUACUAUGGGCUUCCAGGUACCGUGGAGAUAUAGAUGCUCUCUUUUUCAGCGAAGCAAAACUUGCUGCUGGUUUGGCAUCGAGUCAACUGGUCCGUCGAUGUGGGAAUAUGGCGUUUUCAUCAAUUGGCAGAUCAAUGGUCACCACUGAUAUCAUCAAUAAUAUCCCUAGUGUUCUUAGAGAGAUAGACGAGGGAAAGUAG